AUGCUAGUGUUCCUGCUGUUUUGUGCUUCAGUAUCAACAGUGUCAUCAGAAUCACCCCCAGCGCCAAAGCAAGUAGGCCACAGCUGGAAUGCUUGUUCCUUGGUGGUAUGUGCACCAGCUGAGAAAGGGAUACCAGGACAAGAUGGCAGAGAUGGAAUUCAAGGAUUUAAAGGGGAGAAGGGAGACCAAGGAUUGCAAGGACCAAAAGGAAUCCUUGGCCCUCCAGGAAAGAUGGGGCCAGCUGGAACAGCAGGAAAAAACGGCUCUCAAGGGAAUACUGGAUCAAAAGGAGAUAUUGGAGAAAUGGGACCACGUGGGAUUCGGGGUUUGCAGGGUCCUCCUGGAAAUGUGGGCCCUUCUGGAGCAAAAGGUAACAGUGGCCCUCAGGGUGAAAAAGGCACCAAAGGAGAAAUAGGUGUAAAUGGAGCCCCUGGUCCUGAAGGUCCCCAAGGCAAAAUAGGUUCCCCUGGUCCAGUUGGGGCCAAAGGGUCAGUGGGUGAAAAGGGAGCAAAGGGGGACAUGGGAACCAAAGGACUUCAGGGACCAGCAGGACCACAAGGCCCAAUGGGGAAACCGGGUCCUCCUGGAUCCAAAGGAGAUAAAGGUUCCAUUGGUGAUAAGGGGACAAAGGGUGACAGUGGUCUCUCAGAGGUCAAUCUUUUGAAGAGUAAAGUUACUGCUCUGGAAGGACAACUGAAAGCUCUGCAAGCCAGCUUCACCAAGUACCAAAAAGUGGCAACAUUCCCAGGUGGACGCGUAGCUGGCAAUAAAGUAUUCAAAACCAAUGGCUAUGAAGGCAACUUUGAGGACCUGAAGCAGAAGUGUGUGCAAGCUGGAGGCCAGCUUGCAACCCCAAGGAAUGCUGCUGAGAAUGAUGCUGUCCAAAAGGUGGCAAUGCUGUAUAACAAAUCGGUGUUCCUUGGGAUAACCAACCUAAAGACCAAAGGGACAUUUAAGUACCUGAACGAUCAACCCAUUACUUAUUCCAACUGGCUGCAGGGAGAGCCCAACAAUAAUCAGGGCAAUGAGAACUGUGUAGAAGUCUUUACAAAUGGAAAAUGGAAUGACAGAGCCUGUGGGGAAAAGAGGCUCUUAGUCUGUGAAUUUUAGACCAUCUGCCAUGCAUCAUUUGACCCAGGGAGGCUCCCAAGUUUUAAUACAAUGUUAGCUUCUUCUCUAUAGGCAUUAAAGAAAUCAUGAUUUAGCUAAUCCUCCCUAAAUUCUAUUGAGGUAGGACUGUUGAUUUCACAUAUGCAAUCAAAACAACUGGACCAUCAAGACCAGUUUCCAUGUAAGCCACCUAAUGAAGCAUAAUUGAGUUAGGACUCUUUCCUAUUUCCUUCAGUGGUGAGAAGUCCCAGGGAGACAUCACUAAAUUCCCUUUAGAUGAGACAACCCAGGAAGGCUUGCUGUCAUCUCUGUUUUAGUUACAAGUAUGCAAGCAGAAUCCACACUUACAUAUUUGUAAAUAAAGCAGUUGCUUUAUAAAAAUCAGGAGCAGAUUGUGCCAGUUUCUAGAGAUUUCAUCCCAGUGGAGAAUCACUGCAGUUCAAGGCAAAUGAGACUGAGGCAAGCAACCUAAUUCGAUGUAAGACAAGUCUAAUCUCAUGUGUCUGUUCAAAGGAAGUGUAGAUGCUAGAACCUGGAGAGUGAGGAACAUGUAUGGAACUCCAAAGAUAUUUGAAAAGAUUUUUUUUUAAUCAUUUGGCAUAGCAGUUGGGUGUCCAUGCUGCUUUUUUCUUGCUGG